AUGUCAUUUCUUAUCAAUGCCUUUUCCCAGCCAUCCCGCGCAGGCAACGCCUGGUUCUGCGCCGGAGCAGUAGCUUCAUAUCCCGACAUCGAAGACAACACUCGCGUUGGCGAACAACGUCUUUGUCAAGGGCAAUAUAAAACGGGAUGUCGCAUAUUCCACGUGCCGCGGGAAGACAGCAGCAAAGCCGCCGAAGUCGCAAUAGACGAGUGGAAAGAUGCCAACGCUGGAGAUGCAAAAGAUCAAGUCAUGGUUUUCAAAUACAAGGGCAAAUUCGUCGCUGUGAACCAUGAAUGCCCACAUUCAUCAUAUCCCCUCUCAAAUGGCACACCGUUCGACAUUGAGGAUUUUGGCAUUACAUUGAGCUCGGGUCUUACCUGCCCAAAGCACGAUUGGUCGUUCGACAUGCACACAGGAAUGUCCGAUCGCGGGAGCUACAAAUUGCAGGUGUGGGAGGUCCAGCUCAGAUCAAGAACUGGCGAAUAUGGAACAAAGGAGGAAGUGUGGGUGAGAAGGAAACAGAGGAUAGGAUGA